CAGAAAAUGACGGAUACGAGAGAACAGCCUGCAUCAGAUGAAGUAACGUCUGUUUGAGGACGAAAGACCAGAACAUUUCCAUGAAUAGUGACCAAUCCCAGGAUACGCCUCUCAGCUUCGGCCAGGGAGAAGAGAGAUGGCUGGAGCAAAGAAAACCAGAAGAAAGACCAGUUUCUCCUGCAUCCAGUAUCACUUCCAUGAAAAGUGACCAAUCCCGGGAUACACCUCUCAACUUCGGUCAGGGAGAAGAGAGAUGGCUGGAGCAGAGAAAACCAGAAGAAAGACCAGUUUCUCCUGCAUCCAGUAUCACUUCCAUGAAAAGUGACCAAUCCCGGGAUACACCUCUCAACUUCGGUCAGGGAGAAGAGAGAUGGCUGGAGCAGAGAAAACCAGAAGAAAGACCAGUUUCUCCUGCAUCCAGUAUCACUUCCAUGAAAAGUGACCAAUCCCGGGAUACACCUCUCAACUUCGGUCAGGGAGAAAAAAAGUGGCUGGAGCAGAGAAAACCAGAAGAAAGACCAGUUUCUCCUGCAUCCAGUAUCACUUCCAUGAAAAGUGACCAAUCCCGGGAUACACCUCUCAACUUCGGUCAGGGAGAAAAGAAAUGGCUGGAGCAAAGAAAACCAGAAGAAAGACCAGUUUCUCCUGCAUCCAGUAUCACUUCCAUGAAAAGUGACCAAUCCCGGGAUACACCUCUCAACUUCGGUCAGGGAGAAGAGAGAUGGCUGGAGCAGAGAAAACCAGAAGAAAGACCAGUUUCUCCUGCAUCCAGUAUCACUUCCAUGAAAAGUGACCAAUCCCGCGAUACACCUCUCAACUUCGGUCAGGGAGAAAAAAAGUAA